AUGGCUCUUGUUGCCGUUGGUCAGUUGACGUCAACGGCCAGUAUGGCCAACAACCUCCGCCAAUGCCAGAUUCUUGUCAAGAAAGCAGUCAAAGCUGGUGCAAAGGCCCUCUUCCUCCCUGAGGCAACAGAUUACAUCUCCUCAUCCGCCGAAGAAAGCCUCAGCCUGUGCAAGUCCGUGCAAGAAAGCGAGUUUGUCCGAGGACUCCAAGAUGAAGCCCGCCGCGAAAAGCUGCCGAUCCAUGUCGGUGUACACGAGCCCAGCCAGUCUUCCCAACGCGUCAAGAACACCGUCAUCUGGAUCAACGAGCAAGGCGAGAUUGCCCACCGGUACCAAAAGAUCCACCUCUUUGACGUCGACAUCCAGGGCGGUCCAGUCCUCAAAGAAAGCCAGAGCGUAGAGCCGGGUAUCAAGAUUGAGCCGCCAUUUGAGACCUCCUUCGGCAAGGUGGCGUCGACUAUUUGUUUUGAUCUCCGUUUCCCAGAAAUUGGCAUCUCUCUCCGACGGCAGGGAGCCGAGAUCAUCACUUACCCUUCAGCCUUUACUGUCCCCACCGGCCAAGCACACUGGGAGGUCCUGCUGAGGGCGAGGGCGAUCGAGACGCAGUCGUAUAUCAUUGCUGCGGCACAGGUUGGUAGGCAUAACGAAAAGCGGGUCAGCUACGGCCAUAGCUUGAUCAUUGAUCCGUGGGGAAGGAUCGUGGCUAGUGUGGGAGAUAAGAGCGAUGAGCCUGAAAUUGCAACGGCUACUAUUGAUCUGGAGUUGAUGAAGAAGGUUAGGGCGGAGGUGCCGUUGAGGAGGAGGACGGAUGUCUACCCGGAAGUGUAG